CGGAGCGCAGCCCAGCCCGGUCCAUCCCAUCCCAUCCCAUCCCAGCCCGGUCCAGCCAAGCCCAGCCCAGCCCAGCCCAGCCGAACCCGGUGCGCUCCGAGCGCCGCCGGGGCUCAGCCACCCCCGCCCGGAUCCAGGCACAGAAAACAGGUAAUAACCGAAGACGGCCUCACAGCAGGAAAGUGGGAUCAGAUUGGCAAUGCAGCAGUAAGUGGCAUGAUUGAAGACAAGACAAAAAGCAGGCUACAGCGAAAGUUGCUUUCAUCUAAUGUGCAGUAAAUGACAUUUUUAGGAGUAUGAGGAGAUGACAUGAUCCUGAGAAGACAUUAGGUGUGAGCUUCAUAUUUUCUCCCUGAAACAAGGUUAUAGCUGAAGAGUUCAAGAUGAUACCAAAUUACUCUACUGAAGAAACUGUUAAAAGAAUCCACGUGGACUGUCCUGUUUCAGGAAGGCACAGCUACAUCUACAUUAUGGUUCCAACCGUUUACAGCAUCAUCUUUAUCAUAGGCAUAUUCGGGAACAGCCUGGUCGUUAUUGUCAUUUACUGCUACAUGAAAUUAAAAACAGUAGCCAGCAUCUUUCUUCUCAACCUGGCCCUAGCUGACUUGUGUUUUUUGAUAACUCUGCCCCUCUGGGCUGCCUACACGGCCAUGGAGUACCAGUGGCCUUUCGGCAACUGUUUGUGCAAGUUGGCCUCGGCGGGGAUAAGUUUCAACCUGUACGCCAGCGUGUUCCUGCUCACCUGCCUGAGCAUCGACCGCUACCUGGCCAUCGUGCACCCAGUGCAGUCGCGCAUCCGCCGGACCAUGUUUGUAGCCAGAGUAACCUGCAUCGCCAUCUGGCUUCUCGCCGGCGUGGCCAGCCUGCCCGUCAUCAUCCACCGCAACAUAUUCUUUGCUGAGAAUUUGAACAUGACGGUCUGUGGCUUUCGCUAUGAAAGCAAUAACACGACGCUCCGGGUCGGGCUAGGUUUAUCUAAGAAUUUGCUGGGCUUUUUGAUUCCUUUUCUAAUCAUAUUAACAAGCUAUACCUUAAUUUGGAAGACACUGAAGAAGGCAUAUCAAAUUCAAAAAAAUAAGACUAGAAAUGAUGAUAUUUUUAAGAUGAUUGUGGCAAUUGUAUUUUUCUUUUUCUUUUCCUGGAUUCCUCAUCAAGUGUUCACUUUUCUGGAUGUGUUGAUUCAAUUACAUGUAAUAACAGAUUGCAAAAUCACCGAUAUUGUGGAUACAGCUAUGCCCUUCACUAUUUGUAUCGCUUACUUUAACAACUGUCUGAAUCCAUUUUUUUACGUUUUUUUUGGAAAAAACUUUAAAAAAUACUUCCUUCAGCUGAUAAAAUACAUCCCACCAAAUGUCAGCACACAUCCAAGCCUAACAACAAAAAUGAGCUCUCUCUCCUAUCGGCCACCAGAAAAUAUCCGCUUGCACACUAAAAAGACUGCUGGGCCUUUCGACACCAAUUGAGGUGUUUUGCACAGUUCUUCUUUUGAACAACCUUGUGUGCGAAGCAGCAAGAGCAACAAGAUUCAUCUGCGGUCCUGAAUAUCGCAGCUCAUUCCAGCAACACUGGAUCACCUCCGAGAAAUCAUACUGUAAAGAGUCCGCAAUGGCCUUUCAGCUUACAUUGCAGAGAGGACUGAUUCGUUUUCAUUUUGUUCUCCUUUACUGAAAGCAGCGUAAGUGUUGGACAGGCAUGUCAGAGUUCCUGCCAGCAUCCCACCAUCCGCUCAGAGCUACAAAGGAAGGGGAGGGCAAACUCCUAACUUAAGUUCACAGGUGUUUCAAAAGGAAAAGCUUAUGCAAAUAACAUGAAAUACAAAGAACUUGAUUUGCAUAUAUGUGAGCUAUUCUGUUGAAGGAGUGGAGCUUUGUUUCUUGUUUUGUUGGUGUUUUUUUUUAACAACAUAAAUGUCUUAUAAUCAUAUUUAUAAUAUAUUUUCAAAUAUAUGUUAUAUAUAGAGGCCCAAUUUUAAACUCAAAUGGAAAUUUAAGGUUCUCAAAAUUGGUCUUAUUCUGAUUUAUGCUACUAUUUUUUUUAAUGGCAAUUUUUUUCAUAAUAAUAUAUGCAAUAAAAUGCAGAUUUAUUUAUUAAAUAUAGAAUAAAUAUAUUUUUAGAUUUAUAUUCCUACUCAUACAUUUCAAACAUUGCUUCAGAAAUGUACAUUUAUAUUCCAGUGGGUAUUUUUAUAGUAGUUAAAAAAAUACCAUAUAUGAGCACACAGAAAUGGGGUUCACUCAGCCUUUCCUCAAGAUAAGGCACCCUGACUUUGAAGAACUUUACAUACAGAAGGAGUUGACUCCAUACUCUGUAUGACUAAAAGUAAAAUUCUAUAUUUGAAAACAUGAGUUCUGGGAAAGAGGUGAUCAGAAAACUUCAAACUAUUUGUCUGUUAUAACCAGGACACUCAAUGAAAGAAGUUACCAAUUAAUCAAAUCCACUUAGUUUUUCAAAUUCCUGCACAUUCAGUAAACUCAUAUACUGAUAAGCAAAAAUUUGACAAUGCUUAUGUAUCAGUUUAAUUAAUAAUAUUUUUAGUCCCAUCACAAAACAUGUGAGAUCAAACUUUACUCUUGGCUUUUACAGAAUUUCUCUCCAUUUAUAUGAAAUUAUGCCCAGGGUAUUUGCUCCCUGUAGAACAUUUUAUUAUUUAUAUGGAACAAAUUCAGAUUUAUACUAGCAUAAAUCAGAACUAAAGUCUGGCUCAAACUCUCAAUGCAAAUCAAGAGGAAAGGUGAUAAGCACUGUAAGAAGUUUCCACCAAUUAUAUCCUUAUAUGUGUCCUUUUUACCUCAAAUAAUGAGCUUCAGAUAAUAUUUAUGCCUGAUUCACACCCAUUUAUUGUCCUCAAAAAUAAAUGAGUUCAUAAGUACUUUUUGAGAUUACAAAAACGUAAGGAAAAAUCAAAAACUUUACAUGUAUCAUGUAGAAAACUACAUACCCCUUAAGAAUUUGCAGUAUUUGUAGUCUUCAAAAUCUUAUGUCUAAUGUGGGUUUGUCUCAAGUAGUGAGUGGUUGGAUUAUCCAUAUUUUCUGAUGAUCAAAAUCAAAACCUAGCAAAACAGUUAUUUCUGUAGUUUAAUACUUUUUAAGGAAAAAAUGGGGCUAUAACCAGGUCUAGAAAUUUUCCUAGUCUUUCAUUCACUUAUACUAAAGAAAGUUUUUUUCAAUUUUGCCUUUGUUCUUCCAGCUGUAAAAAUGGGAACGUGUCUACUCAUAUACAUCGUAAGGAGCUGUGACAGGUCACAACUUCUAAAGCUGUAUGUUACAAAAAAUCUCCUUCAUUUUAAGUUAAUUUAAUUGCAAGCUAGUGUCUCAGCAUUUGAAGCCUGAACAUCAUUUAACUAUGUCAUUUAAAGACAUAUUUAAAUUGUUGUACUGAAUAUUUUCUGUUUAGCUUAUAUCCUUACAUGUGAGACAGACAUUUCUUUAAACGGAAUAUGGCAAUAACCCCAUGCAUUAUCACUAGCACCCAGAACAGGACCUGUGCCCCAGCACUCUCUAAGUUGACAAAGGACUGGCAGAGAUUGCCAUUUAUCUGUAUAUUUUGUUCAUAGACACACAUGCACAUGCUGAGCUGCAUCAGGAGCUUGCCUUGGCAGAAGCAUCUCUGUACAGCCCUAAUUCUGCGUGCUGUGCUUGCCACCUGCUGGAUGCAGCCACAAAUUUGCUUUACGUCUCAGAAGUUGUUACAGGAAGAAACAUCUACACUUCCCUGUCACCUGAAGGAACUGAAGAUACUCACCUGUGGCAAAACUCCUGCAUAAAUAAAACACAGACUUGUCCAUCUGGGAGGCCAGUAACUUCCUUGGCAGGGUCUAAGCAAGCGUUUCCUCAUCACCUGCUCAUCCCUUUGGUCACUGAAAUCCAAUGUCCCCAAUGACCACAAUAGGGAGCACAUUUGCAAAGCAUCGAUUGCAUUACUACAAGAGCCAUCUCAAAGAGAAGACGUAAAAAUCAAAGCCAUUGGUUACAGAUCUUGAUCAUUUCAUGCCAGAUCCUGCACUUUUAAGAGACUAUGUAUCCUAAGCUGCUGGGCUCAUCUGCAUCUGCCAUGUGAAAAAGCAGAAGCAUGCACAUUCAGCUGUGUAACUGAAGGAAGGGUAGGAGGGGGUUGCACCCGGUGGGCUCUGAGGGCAGCACUGGCCGUGAAUGGAUAGGCAAAGAAAGUGGAGGGGAAAGCUUUCCUAAAUGAUGCAGGGAAAUUUUCUUUCUCCUAAGGAGUAAGAAAACAAUCAUCAGCUGCCAAAUAUGUUAGCUCCUUAAAAGAAAAUAAAACUUCAGCAAAUCAGCAGAUACUGAAAAGAAUCUAGGGAUAAAAUUCUCUCACAACUCUAACUGGGCAGCAGCAGAAAGUAAACCUUUUGGAGCACAGAAUUACUGUGUAGAGCCAGAUGCUGCAGUUUCACAACACCCCAAGCUGACAGCUAAGGGAAGAGCCCACAGGAAGGACACCCACACCACUUCUAUCAUGUAUCUGCAGCCAAGGCAGGUGCUGAGAAACACGUUAUUGCUGAGCCUUACACUGCCCUGCCUCCCUGCGGGCUGGAGACCUGUGCAUGGGGCAGGCAGAGCACAGGUGGGGCAGAGGGGACAGUCUGGCCUUUGCUGGGGACCCUUGGCCAUGUGGUCUCUACUGAGGGGCAGGUGGAGAUGGCCAGAAUAUCCUUUGAUGCAAGGACCUACCCAGUGCCAACAAAGGAGGGAGUAAGAUUUGGCUCUGUAUGACUGCUAUCUUUGGGGAACUUUGGGUUGAGCCCUCUUAAUAUGAAAAGAAAAAUGGCUGUACAUGUUUAAGGACGAAAUCCCACUACCUAAAGAACACAAAGUUAAUUAAUAUGCAAUAAAUAGUAUGCAGUUAUUUUUGGGAAUAUCCACAGUGCUUUUCUUGUGGUGACCAAAGUAAAAUACUACAAACUCUUAGUCUGUCCUUGUACUCUCCUGUUGUGAGGAACCCAAGUCAGUAAUAAUGGGAACAAAAUAUAACCCUAAGUACAGGCAUUACAACCCCUGUUCCACCAUAAUUUUAUUUAUUUGAAUGAACACCUUUUUUUCUGCUGAAUAAUUACUGAAUUACAUAUUUGACAUGUACAUGCAUAAUAUUUAUUUCUAUUUAUUGUGCAAUAGUACUUUAUAUGACUCAUGUUUUGUGUUCUGCUCCCUACUUGCUUGUCCAUUGUAGGCCCAUCCUAAACCAUACUGAGUAAUCUACACUGGUUAGCCCAAAUUCCAACAAAACCAUUACAGAUGCAGUGGGGAUUAAUCUGUCUUCUUGGCCUAACAAUUUCCUCAUAUUUACAUUGUUCAUCAAGAGGUUGCAGAGUAAGCACAAGUCCUUUACUUUACCAGCAUUAUUAUUAUUAUUUAGGUGAUAGCUUCCAUUGUCUACUUCAAACUGUGACAUCAGCAGACAAUACAGUAAGUUUUCUAGGUUUGGUUUAGUUUUGCUUGAAUAGCUUCAGCAAAGGUUUAUUUUGAUAAACUUGACCUCCUUUUUAAGAAUGCAGGUAUUCCCAGGGAAAUAUUUGCUACUGAAAUGAGAAACAAAUCCUUAGGAGAGGGUGGUUGAAGGCUUAAAACAGGGACUUGUUGAAUUUGGAAAUAUUAAGUGUUAAAUGUAAAUAUUUAUUUUUAGUUUUGCAACAGACUGGGGGAAAAAACACACACACACACACACAGGCACAAAAAGAAUUUAUCUUUCAGCUUAGUAAAACCUUCAAGAAAGUUUUGAGAGACCCUAAGUUUCUUAAUAACAUCCUGCUCAGUUUAAAACAUGUCAAACCAUUUCUGUACCACUCAUAAGGUCAGGGCUCCAGCCCUGCUCUUCUGCAUUGCUUUAUAAGUUUGGCCAGACCCUCAUCCCACCAGCUCGUGCAAAGUGAGGGCUGUUCUAUCAAUCACUGAGAGCAUCUCAACAGCGACCUCCCAGCCAAGGCUGAACUAACAAAUCCUCAAUGUUACAGCCCAGCCGUCAAGCUCAUUGUCAUCAGAGAGCUCUGCAGAUGUGACAGGACACUCGAGGGAUAGGGACAGAUCAGAUGGUGUCUGAGAACAGCAUUGUGUGAUCUUUUCAGUGGACUAGUGCCAUGGGAUCCAGCUUUGUAGUUGGCAAGUUAGAUAACAAAAACUAGGUACUAUUUUAUUUUCAAUAUUUUUGUGCAGUUGUAAUUUGUGACUUGUGGAUGUUAAAUGUUUCCUAUUUCAAUAGAAAGAGUUUUAUAUCAUAGAAGUUUAGCUUGAUUAUGUAACAACUUUAUUGUCUGAAGUGUUACUAAAAACAUACAGGUCAUCAAUAAAUGUCUUUGUGAAAGUCAUCUUCACUUCUGUAUUAAGCACCGAAAGCAAAGAGGUCUGUUACUGUGUUGUUGUAGGUACUAUGCUGUUAUCUGUAUAACUAGAUAGAUAGAUAGAUAGAUAUUAGGCAAUAUCAUCCUCAUUUCUGUGUAAUGCUGUAACAUUUUAUACCACUAUUCCUCAUUUCUUUUAACCCCUACCCUAAUCCAGUUCUCCCUUAAAUAUUUGAGAUGAACAGGUUGUGUCUGUAAUUCACAAAGGAGAGGAUACCCAGCUAGCUCCAAAAUCAGAUGUAGAACAGCAGUUCAGUAAUUCAUUUCUGUAUCCUAAAACAAACUAAGCUAAUAAAGUUUACUUGGAGUGGAGACUUAGCAAAUUGCUAAUUUUCCUACAUAGAAGUUGGAGUUUGAAGCCAAAUUUAGGCUUAACCUUUUAGAAACUAAAUUUAAUUUCAGGGACAGAUUUAUUUAGAUAACUGUGUUAAAUACAGGAUCACAUUACAUUAUGAAUAAUGGCCUUGAAUAGGCAGACUCAGGCUGCUUGUAGCUGAGAAUUCCAUGUAAAUAUAACCACUUAGAAUAUAAGCAGUGCCACAUCAUACUGUGGCUGCAGUGGAAACAGCAUCAGGUUCCAGCAUAAUAAGAAGGGACUGGGGAGGGGAGGAGGAGUUGACAAUGAAACGAAUGGUAGAUUGGAUUUUGCCAUUUCCAAUUUGUAUGAAAAUAAAAUAGAAUUUAGUCUUGCAUAUCCAUAGUAAACCCCACUUCAUACGGUGUCUUACAGUGUCACAUGCUGGAAAAACGUGAAAAACAGUUAAAGGUUGGGCCUGUGAAAUUUUUACAGCUUAUCUGCUGCAUAACUUAUUCUCCAUGUAUAUUAGUUAUUCCUCAGCUUUGUGUAUUGGCAGCUUUAUGUACUGGUAGUGUUGUUAGGCUACAAUUGAGCAAAGGCCCUGGGGCAGGAGGACAGAUAGAGCCAUACCUUGGAACUUUAUCAUGAAGUGAUCAGAGGUGAAAAAUUGUUAGAAUAGGGUGGAAAGCAAAGACAGUUGCUGGACAAAUACAACAUUAUAAAGAUAAUUAACCCCAUUAAAUAAAACCAUUAAACCCUGCCAUUAAAUGAUUUUUUAAAUUAUUUUUUUAAACCGAAGUCAGACAAAUAAUGUCAAAUAAUAAAGCAAAAAGAAUAGAAAAUGCUGAAAGAUAAUUUCAAUUCCACUUAGAAUUACAAAGAAUUUCAAGCAAAUCCAACUCAUACUCUCAAGCAAAUGCAAACCUGAUCAUUUCUGUGAAAUUGAAUGAAUAAACAGAAAAGUUGAAGUUAACAUAUGUGUGUAAGAUACUAGCAGCCACUUUGCUACUAUUGACUUUUCUUUCAGAAAAAAAGUUGAAUUAUGCACUUGAAAUUCAUCAGAUAAUUAUAUGCCUAGGAAAGGGAAACAACAUACUGCCUAUGGGGUUAGAUGAGCUUUGCAUACAUAGAAUCCUCCUCCUGCUUAGCUUAGCCUGAAUCCUCUUCAUGCUUAGUUUAUCACAUGGUACACAACUACACAAAAAAAAAAAAACCAAAACAACUAAACCAGAAAACAAAACAGAAAUGAAUUAAUUUUGUAAAAAAUUUGUAUUACAGUAGUGCUAUGCAUAUUUAUUUUUAAAUCACCUAUGAAACACUAGAAUAUCUAAACUUUGUUUUAACAAGUUUAUAUUAAUUUAAGUAAUAUUUGAGCUUUAAUAAGGAUUAUGUUUUGCACUGUAAAAAGAUCUCCAAGCAUGAGAAGCAAGAUAAUAAGAAUAUAAGACCCAAAGCCCUCUUUCUGUACAGCAGCACCUGUAAAGUAAGGCCAUGUGUACGAUUUGCAGGAUGCCUUUCAAAGGAAGGGCAUAAAUAAAUAAGUGCAUGUGAGAUGUAAUGUCACCUGCCAGAGCAUUAUUAAUGUUGAACCUGAUUUUUGUGAUGUGAUUAUUCUAGAUACAAAUGGAAAGCAUUAGAAAGGCAUACUCUGUAUACUAGAAUAUACUAUACGGUGCCAUUUCUACAUGUUAAAUUCUGAAGAAUUAUAUUCCUGGUAUUUUUUUAUUUUCUCUGCUUCACCUAUGAUGGAUCUCUAUACCAUUAUCUGUAAUUUUUACAUGAGAGUACACAGCAGAUAUGCACUGUUCUGUUGAAACAGAAAAUACCGCAUAUUCAACAGCUUUCUGUCUAACACAACUGCAAAACCAGUACCCUUUUUCACAGAGCCAUCUAUAUCAGACUGGUUGUAUUUUGAAAUACUGAAAAUAUUAAAACAAUACAA